AUGAGUCCUACGGCAGUAUCCCAGUCGCCUGUGCUGCGUACCACGGCGUCGCACAAAUCAGCCAUCGCACCUGCCAUUCCCGCUUUCGUGCCACCACCCGUCACCACCGCGGAAGUGACAUGGGCCGAUCUUGAGACCAUCGACCUUCAGCUGCUUGACAGUCCCGACCCCAGUGUGCGCGCCCAGUUGGUCGCCGCGACCAAGAAGGCCCUUGUCGAAGACGGCUUCCUUUUCGUCACCGGUACGGGUGUCACGGACGAGACCCUCAAUCGUCAUCUGGCUAUUGCCCAGUACGCCACCAGCCUCCCUCUUGAGGAGAAGCAGCCUUAUGCAGCCGACCUGGAAGCUGGAAGCUAUGAAGGAUACAAGCUGAGGGGCAUCUGGGCUGUGCGCGACGGCGUCAAGGAUAACAUUGAGCACUACAAUCUGGAGUCGUCCUCGUUCGACCCUGGCUUCCAGCACCCUGAUGCACUUCGCCCUCUCAUUCCCGAGAUCAAGGCGUUUGCCGAGCAUACGUACAAGUUUGUCGUCUACCGCAUUCUCAAGCUCAUUUCGCUUGCUUUGGAGUUACCAGAGGACUACCUUUGGGCACUGCAUGACCACGACAAGAUCAUCGGCGCCAGCUGCCAGCGGUACAUGGGCUACUUUCCAAGGGGCGACGACGACGACAAGCCCAAGGAUAUUUAUAUCCGCGGACACACGGACUACAACUCGAUCUCGCUCUUAUACUCCCAGCCCAUCACGGCCCUUCAGAUUCUGGCCAAAAACGACGAGUGGAAGUAUGUCAGGCACGUCCCAGGAGCCGUCGUGGUGAACACGGCCGACGCUCUCGAGUUCCUCUCCGGUGGCGUAUUCAAGGCGACCCGUCACCGUGUCGUUCGUCCUCCCCUCGACCAGGCCGACUUGAUCCGCUACAUUCUCAUCCAUUUUGCCCGCACUCGUCGCGAUCUCCCUCUGAAUCCGAUCUGGGAGUCGCCAGUCGUCAAGGCAGCCGGCACGAACCCGUUCCAGGACCGCAUUGAUGCUGGCGGGAAGGCUCCCACGCAAGAUGAGUGGCUGAGGGAGCGUAUCAGGAGGACUGGCAAUAGCUACGCGCCGUCGAACAAGGGUGGAUCGGGUGUAAACAACAAGGUCGAGGAGGAGAUCCUGGGGACAAAGGUGCAGUACUACACCUAA